AUGGACUUCAACAAUCUUUUCUUGUUCUUCAUGUUUCAAUUCAUCUUAAUUAUUGGUUGCAGUAGUUCAGGGGUGCGAUUGGAUAUUCAAGAUAAACAUGUGAUAAUGGAUAAUGGCAUUGUCCAAGUUAAUAUAUCAAACCCAGAAGGACAUGUCAUUGGAAUUCAAUAUAAUGGAAUUGAUAAUUUGCUUGAAGUUCAAAAUAAAGAAUCUGAUAGAGGGUAUUGGGAUAUUGUAUGGGAGCAGGGUGGGGAAAAAAGAACUGAAAAAGGAGUAAAGAAAAAGGGAAUUUUGGACAGGAUGGAAACAAAUAAUUUGACGGUGAUAGUGGAAAAUGAAGAACAAGUAGAGUUAUCUUUCACUAGAAUAUGGAAUUUCUCUCUUGAGGGAAAGCUUGCACCACUCAAUUUUGAUAAAAGGUUUAUAAUGCUUCGUGAUUCUUCUGGAUUUUAUACAUAUGCAAUUUAUGAGCAUUCGAAGGAAUGGCCAGCUUUUGAUCUUGACAAUACCAGGGUUGCAUUUAAGCCUAGAAAAGAUAAGUUCAAUUACAUGGUUAUAGCGGAUGACAGACAAAGAUUUAUGCCUCUGCCGGAUGACCGGUUACCGGGAAGAGGCGAAGUUCUGGCUUACAAAGAGGCCGUCCGUCUUGUCAAUCCGGUGGAGCCAGAGUUCAAAGGAGAAGUUGAUGAUAAAUACGAGUACUCAAUUGAGAGUCGAAAAAAUCAAGUUCAUGGUUGGAUUUCCAUAAACUCGUCAGAAUCAAAAUCAACUGGAUUCUGGAUAAUUACUCCUAGUAAUGAAUUCAGAUCUGCUGGACCCUUAAAACAAUACCUUGCUUCCCACGUUGGGCCUACCUCACUAUCUGUAUUUCAUAGCACACAUUAUUCAGGGGCAGAUUUGAUCAUGGAAUUUGGAGUAAAUGAGCCAUGGAAGAAAGUCUUUGGGCCCAUCUUUAUAUAUCUUAACUCUGACUCUGAUGGGCUUAGCCCAAUCAACCUCAGGGAAGAUGCCAAACACCAGAUGGUGAAUGAAGUUGAAAGCUGGCCCUAUACUUUUCCUGCUUCAAAGGACUUUCUUUCAUCUGCCCAAAGAAGUAAAGUUGAAGGUAGAUUGCUUGUUCGAGAUAGGUUCAUCGGUGAUGCAUUUGUUCCGGUCAAAGGUGCUUAUGUGGGAUUAGCACCACCAGGAGAUGUUGGCUCAUGGCAAGCAGAAUGCAAGGGUUAUCAAUUUUGGACUAUUACUGAUGAUAAAGGCUAUUUCUCAAUAAUUAACAUACUUCCUGGUGACUAUAAUCUGUUUUCUUGGGUUAAUGGAUUCAUUGGUGAUUAUCAAUAUGACAAAGUCAUUAACAUAACCUCAGGUAGUGAAAUUAAACUGGGUGAGCUUGUUUAUGAGCCACCAAGAGAUGGCCCUACAUUGUGGGAGAUAGGUAUCCCCGAUCGAUCGGCGGCUGAGUUUUAUAUUCCUGAUCCAAAUCCUUUGUACGUGAACAAACUUUACCUCAACCAUUCAGACAGAUAUAGGCAAUAUGGUUUGUGGGAGAGAUAUGGUGAAUUGUAUCCAAAAGAAGAUCUAGUUUACAAUGUUGGCACCAGUGAUUACAAAAAAGAUUGGUAUUUUGCUCAGAAUACCAGGAAGAAAGACAACAACACUUACAAAGGAACUACAUGGCAAAUUAAUUUCAAUCUUGAUCAUGUGAAUACCAAUGGUACCUAUAAAUUGCGACUAGCUCUGGCAUCCGUUCAUUUUGCAGAGUUACAGGUUCGCAUAAACAAUUCCGAUGCGAAUCCACCUCUAUUUACAACUGAAGUUAUAGGAAAGGAUAAUACUAUAGCAAGACAUGGAAUUCAUGGAAUGUACAGAUUAUACAAUGUUGAUGUACAAGGAAGUCUUCUUGUGAAGGGAAACAAUACCAUCUUUCUAACACAAGCUAGCAGCAAUGGUCCUUUUGUAGGAAUUUUGUAUGAUUAUAUUCGUUUAGAAGGACCCCCUCAAAUACAUUUUACAGAUCAAUUAGAUAUCUUUUGA